UAUGUGUGCAUGUGUGUGUGAGAGAGUGGAACAUCUAUCUAUAAGAGGAAAUACCGUUCCCAUAGAUGAGGAGACAACCUAAUACAAUAAAAGUUUGGUUAAUUAAGUGAAGUAGAAAGAUGGGGAGAAGUCCUUGCUGCGCAAAGGAGGGGCUAAACAGAGGAGCAUGGAGUGCCAUCGAAGAUAAGACUCUCACAGAUUUCAUUAACACCAAUGGAGAAGGAAGAUGGCGCAGCCUUCCCAAAAGAGCUGGUUUGAUGAGAUGCGGAAAAAGUUGCAGACUCAGAUGGUUGAAUUAUCUAAGACCCGAUAUUGUAAGAGGCAACAUUUCUGUAGAUGAAGAAGAUCUUAUCGUUAGACUUCACAAGCUCCUAGGAAACAGAUGGUCUUUGAUUGCUGGAAGGCUUCCCGGGCGAACAGACAAUGAAAUAAAAAACUAUUGGAACACCACUCUUUGCAAAAAAAUUACCAACUCUUCAAUUAAAAAAAACUAUCAUCCCAAACUGAAGACAAACUCUCCGGCGACCACAACCGCCGCCCUUCCGCCGCCGGUAAACGCCAUCAAAACCAAAGCCAUGAGAUUCUCCUCUAAAACAACCUUCAUUAACAAAUAUCAUCCUCAACCCACACUUCAGAUCAAGGAGAAUACAUCAUCAAUCAUGGCUUCAACCGCAUUCUCGACGGUGCCGGAUUCUGAUAACUUUGUGUUUCUACCGGAUGAUGAUGCUGCCGGCGACGGCUCCGGCGCCGGAGACUUAAUGUUAGGUUUGGACCAGCUGGCUGAUUUUCGUUUCUCAGAUCUUUUCUCCAAUGAUUUUUCUGCUUAUAAUUCUGAUUUCGUUUUCCCCCAUGAGAAUUAUGUCGUUGAAGGAGAUGGACAAGACCGUAAUUUCAAUCCAUUUGAAGAUACGAUGAACAUGGAGUUGAACUGGGUUCUACAUGAGUGACAAGAUCCAACUUCUUAAGAAAUAAUUAUAUUUAAUAAAGUAGGUUAACAUAAUAAUUAAGUAAUUAACUAACUUAUUUAGCUUUUAAGUAAGAUCUGUGUUGUCCAAUUAAUUCAAUGUCAUUAUUAUUAUUAUAUAAGCUCUAUAAUAAAGCUAGAAUAAUAAUAGUAAUAAUAAUAGUUAAUAAAUUAGUUGUUCAAUAUCAAUAAUAAUGUUGCUUUUGUAUUU